UAGCAAAAUCAAUAUGUACUUUGAUUUCUUUAUUUUUAAUCCAGGCGAGAGAUAAUCGUUCACAUGUGAUAUACGUUUAUGAGAUUAAAGCUUCCUGAAGUAAAUAAACAAGAGAGUCAACUAGGGAAGGAAAGUAUGGAGCGACAUUCAGAGUAUGAAUACACAGAUAAUUUUAAGCUAUCUGACCAGGCGAAAAGGGACUUUGAAGAGUAUGGAUACAUCUUAAUCAAAGGUCUCCUGGACAAAGAAGAGGUUAACAGAGUACUGAAAGUACUCGAGGGCAGUGACGCAAUGAUGAAAGAAAACUAUGAGGCUGAAGAAGUAAACAAAGAAAAGAAGACGCAAAGAAUUGUUUGGUCGCACCCUGGUACGGACGUCACAGGAAUGGUGGCUCGCAGCGAAAAAGUGGCAGGAACAUGCGAACAGCUUUUAGGGGGAGAAGUGUAUCAUUAUCACGGGAAGAUGAUAUUAAAAGGGGCACAGAAGGGAGCUCAGCACUUGUGGCAUCAAGAUUACGGAUAUUGGUAUAACAACGGAUGCCUCUUUCCUGAUAUGAUGACCGUUUUCAUUCCAUUGGAUCCUUGCAGGAAAGAAAAUGGCUGUUUACAGAUACUGGAAGGUUCUCACAAAUGUGGCAGGAUUGACCAUCAUCCUGUUCUGAAGCAAGCAGAGGCUGAUCUCACACGAGUGGAAGAAAUCAAGAAGACGUGUCCUCACAAGUUUGUGGAAAUGGAUCCAGGGGAUGCUCUGUUUUUUCACUGCAAUGUGCUACACCACAGUUCUGAUAAUAACAGUGACAUGCGCAGAUGGGUGUACAUCUGUACUUACAACAAAGCCAGCAAUGACCCGAUCAUUGAGCAUCAUCACCCAAGAUACACACCGCUUACCAAGGUUCCUAACUCGGCAAUCAAAGAGUGUACCAACUUCACGGACAUGCGUGGAAAGGACUUCGUUCACCCUAAACCGUAAUGUGUCACUGACGGAACACAUAAAAGUUGUUCAUUAAUGGAAUGACAAAAAAAAAAUGGUAUAACAAAAACUUGAACGUCAAAUUUUUGAUAGUAUACACAAAGUUUUACUCAAGAUAUUUCAUAAGAAAAAGGAAAACAAUAAACAUCUUGCUUUAAUAGUUACAAGGUGAUGAAGAAUUUUGCAAGUAUUAAUUCGUACUGAAAGGAAAUUCUCUCUCUCUCUCUCUCUCUCUCUCUCUCUCUGGAUAUAUGUAUGAUGUGUUAAAUGUAUAUUUCAAGAGAUUUUUCUUUGGCGACCUUUAUA